AUGCCGCUCAGCGCAGAGGCCUGCAGCCCACCUCUGAGUGAACAGAUCACGGAGCUUCAGCGGAAGAUUCAACUUUUAGAGGGCGAAAGAACUGCAUUUUAUGAGAGCUCAGAAGCCUCCAUCAAAAAGAACCGAGAGCUGAUCCUGCGGCUGAGAGAGGAGAACACCAAACUGUACAAGAAGCAAGCAGUGGCCGCUGAUGGUGAUAAACAUGUUGUUAAAGGAGCUUUUCAUCACUUGGAUAAUGUCCCAGAGAAAGAUGCAUUCCGGAACAUGUCAGGAAAGACUGCUCUGGUGGCUCUGGAGAGGAAACUGCAAUCCAAAAAGAAGCGUCUGAAUGCCCAAAAGCACGUGACGGGGGUUCUGCAGCAGCGCGUCACAGACUUGAGCAAAGAAUAUGACAGACUGAUGCACAGCUCUAAAACUGCAGACCUGAAGAAAAGAGAAGAAGACUCUAUGAAACUGCGAACACUGGAGAAUAACUUGGAGAAAACUCAGCUGAAAUGUAAGGAAGCAGAGAGCAUCACUUGGAACUACCUCACCCUCAAAAAUCAGCUGCAGGAAGAAAGUCUGGAUUUCCAGGGUCAGUUGGACAGUCUCGAAGCAGAAAUCCUGAAGCACAGAGAGGAACUUCUAAACCUACAAACUAUGAACCGUGAAGCUCAAAUGUCUGCAGAGGCAGCUAAGGCUCGGCUGCAGCAAAGAGAGGAACUAAUCUACAAAGAUCGUAAAGAGAGAGAAUGCUACAGGAACAAGGUGGAAGAGCAGAAAACGCAGGCAGAAAAAGUGGAACGAAGGGCACAGAGGAUGGCGGCCCUGCAGCCCGACGACCUGAGUGAGGCUCAGCGCAGCAACACCGGGACCACAGGAGACGACAAUAAAACCAUCUCCACGUUUGAGGACGUCUUACAACAGAUCAAAGAGGCAACAGGAGUCACCAACAUCCAGUCGCUCCAGGAGAUUGCAGAGCGGUUUGUGACACAGAAAGGAAUCCACGAGCAUCUGGAGAAACUGUCAGAGAAAAAUAAAAUCACUUUGGUUCAGCUGAAGGAGCAGAAAGAGACGCUGAAUCAACAGUUUGAAGAGAAAAAAUAUUCUGGAGAAGGAAAAAUAUCCACGGAUCAGAGCGUCCUGGAGGACUGUGAGCAGCAGCUGCAGUCCGCUCGGAGGAGGUGUGAAGAGGCCAAAGAGAGUGUGAGCGCUCUGGACAAGACUCUCACCACUGUCCAGGCCGGAGUGGAGCACCUGACAGACAAACUCCAACACAUCACCCCGGCCCUAGACGCCACCGCCGUGGAUGCCACCACCGUAGACACCACCGCCAUUAACGCCGCGCCCACAGACUCGGAGCUGGUGGAUCUGCUGAGCAAGUGUGAACUGAAGCUACAGUCUCUCUACAAAGAGCUCCCGCAGAAAGACCUCUCUGCCACGAUGAAGGCAAUGGAUGACGACAAGUUCUUUCUCAAAAUUGAAGGAAAGUUGCCACCCUUAAACACUCGCAUUCAUCUUCCGGAAGACCAACGACAGGAGCAGUUUGACGACGAAGAGGAGAGCGGUGAGGACGAAGCAGGAGCCAUCUCACGAGAGGCGCUGAAAAGAGAAUCUCAGAUGAUCGUCGACUCCAACUCCUUCCAGCUGAACAAGUACGAUAAGCCGGCUUCAACACUCACGACGGCUUUUUCUAUGGAGCAGCAGGUGUGUGGGAGGUCCGACGCGGCUCUGACGGUGCGAGAGACCCGGGACCUCCGCAGCAAAGUGGAGCGCGUCAGACGGCAUUUGAGGCUCCGGAGAUACGUCACUCAGGACAUCCACACAAACAACGAGCCGGGCGUUUGGCUCCGGAGGUUUCAGUCUCUGGAUAUAGACCGAGAGCAUGAGGACCCAGUGCAGGAGUGGGGCGAGGAGGAGGAGGAUGGAGCGGUGUUUGGGAUCACCCUCCGUCGAGACCCCGUGGUCCAGAGUCCGGACUCUCCAGACUCUGCGGUCUUCAGCUUCUCGCAGUACCACACGGUGAAGCUGCGCAGGCUGAAGGCGGCCUCGCUGGAGCGGCUCGUCUCUCACCUUCUGGAUCAUGAAAACCAAGAGCCGGACUUUGCUCGGGUGUUUCUGUCCACGUACCGGGCCUUCACCUCCUCCACUUCACUCAUCGAGCUGCUGUUUCAGAGGGACGACUGCAUGGUCAGCUCUGAUAACACCUUCUGCCAUCGCAGUGGUCUGUCUCCGGUGAUCCGUCUGUGGCUUGAGGACUUUAGUGAGGACUUCCAAGAACCGCCUCUAUACCAGUCUUUGAAGCUGCUCUGCUCCAGACUCAAGCGCCGGGUCUAUUUACGACGCUUGGCCCAAACGGCUGAAAACCUCCUCAGAAAACUCCAGGAACAAGAUUGCGCCCACGUGUCAUCGCUGCAGCUCAGUGACCCGUACCUCGAGGAGCUGUUGGACGACUCGGGGAAACACAGAAGCGUCAUGGACUUUCCUACGAGAGCGAUUGCAGAGCAGCUGAGCCGACUGGACGCGGAGCUGUUUGUCAAAGUCAGACCUUUUCACUGCCUCGGCUGCGUCUGGUCACAGCGCGACAAGAAGGAAAACCGAGAUCUCGCUCCAACCGUCCGCGCCACCAUCUCUCAGUUCAACGUGGUGACCAACUGCGUCAUUUGCUCUCUGCUGUGUCCUGGGACUCCCUCCUCCACCUCCUCCUCCUCCACCUCCUCCUGUUCCUCCACCUCCUCCUCAUCUUCGCCAAAUGUGUCUCCUCGCUCGUCUGCUUCCUUCUCCUCGCCCUCCUCCAGCCCGGUCUCCCCCCGCACCGCUCACACCAACGCCACCCACAGAGCUCACGUCAUCGAGAGGUGGAUCGCUGUGGCCCAGGCCUGCAGAGAGUUGAAGAACUUCUCAUCUCUCAGAGCAAUUCUUUCAGCGCUUCAGUCCAACGCUGUCUAUCGCCUCAAAAAGACCUGGGCCGCCAUCAGCAGGGAUAACAUGGUUGUAUUCGAACACCUCUGCGAGACUUUCCCUGAUGAGAACUGUGUGCUCACCAGCCGAGAAAUCCUUGUCGAGGAUGGCAAUGAUUCUCCCGAUUUAAAAGCACCGCAGCUCUACCCACGAAAGAUGGCCAGUAGCGGUGGUGUUAUUCCAUAUUUGGGCACUUAUCUGACUGUUCUGACCAUGCUGGACACUGCCUGCAAUGACACGGUGGAGGACGGACUCAUCAACUUUGAGAAACGCAGACGGGAGUGUGAGAUUCUCAGUCAGAUUCAUCAGCUCCAGGCGUCUUGUUCUCACUACAGUUUCACCGUUAAUGCAGAAAUCACCAAGUGGCUUCAAGGUCACGCUCUGCUCACGGAUCAAGAGAGCUAUGAACUCUCCCGUGAACUGGAGCCUCCCAUUGACCCAUGUCCACAUUCUCCAUAUUCAUGGGGCCAUCGCUUUCGAACAAAGAAAAUAACUCUGUUGCGUUCGGGCAGUGACGGCUCUUCGAGAAGGACUCACUCAGAUCAGAUCAGCGUGUGCUCCUCCGGCUCCAGCAGCUCAGAGGAGCUCAAUGUGCCCAACCCCUACCCACUCCGGCUCAAACUCAAGUCUCUCUCUGGCUCCCUUCACAACGUUGCAGAGGACUUCUCCUUGUCGUCUAGAUCUCCCAGUUUGUCGAGUUCAUCCUGCAGCUCAUCUCAGCCCGACCUCAGCCCCGCAUCCCUGGGCCUAGACCCCGCCCCUUCCCCUGACCACGCCCACAGCCCCGCCCCCUCCCCACAGCCACUGUACAACAAACAGGUGGACGACUCCUGCAUCAUCAGGGUCAGUGUGGAGAGCGUCAGCAACGGCAACAUGUACAAGAGCAUUCUGCUGACGAGCCAGGACCACACACCGCAGGUUGUUCAAAGAGCCUUGGAAAAACACAACAUGGAGAACCUCAGCUGCUCUGAAUUCGGUCUCUACCAGAUUCUCAGCCGUGGGAAAGAUAAAGAGCUCUACAUUCCCGACAAAGCCAACGUGUUUUACGCCAUGUGCCCCACGGACAAUUACGACUUUGUGCUGCGGCCGCGAUGGAAGAGCCACAGCAAGCGCUUCGGCUCAAACUCAUGUCACGGGUCACAACACAGAACUCGCUUCGGCAAAAUGUGA